GUCACCAUCACAUCGUAAUUCAGAAAUCAGUAGAAAUUGUUAGAAAUAAUUUUUGUGAAAUGGUAAAUAAAUUAUAUGUUUUAUACUAGUUAUCCUAAAUAAUGAAUAACAUAGAAUUGGAUAUUUGGAGAGGCGAAUGGGGUCUCGCUUCCAUUGAUUUAGAAUGUCUUAGAGUUUUAACCUAUAUGAAAUUUAUUGGCGUCCCAGUUCGUGUUCGUGAAGUGAGCAAUCCAUUUUUUACACCAAAAGGAACGUUGCCUGUUAUGCGAGAUGGUAGAAAGGUGCUGACGAACUUUGAUGAAGUUGUUGAUUAUUUGAAAUCAUUACAUUAUAGUACAGACGUUCACUUAAACACAAAGCAGGCGGCUGAAGCGAGUGCAUUUACACAAUUUAUCAGGGAGAAACUUUAUCCAGCUUAUCAGUUUGCCUGGUGGGUUGAUGAGAAAAACUAUGCAGAUCUCACAAGACCAGCGUACGCCAGAGCUUUACAAAUUCCAUUUAAUUUCUACUACCCAUCUAAAUACCAGAAUGCAGCUAAAGAAAUGAUUGAUGCGUUAUAUGGAGAACAUGCAGAUUUGAAAGAAGUUGAAAAAACUAUAUACAGUGAAGCGGAAAAGUUUCUAAAAGCGCUGUCAGACCGUCUCGGCGAGAGCGAAUACUUCUUCGGCAACCGUCCCUCGUCGUUCGACGCGACGGUUUUCGCGUAUCUCGCGCCACUGUAUAAAGCACCAUUUCCGAAUGCGACGUUGUCUAACCAUGUGAAGGGGAUUGCUAAUCUCACUAGAUUUGUAGCGAGGAUCAAUCAGAAGAAUUUUAGACAUGUUACGGAUGAAUACAACAGACAAAACGCGAAAAAGCAGUCAACAGGCACACAAUCAGAGCGAGAAGCAGCUAACUUCCCGAACCAGACUCGUAACAAAGUGUUAGCAGCUAUAUUUGCAGCUAUUGCCAUGACUGGAUACGCAGUUGCUAAUGGAAUGUUCCAUGAUUUCAAAGACUUUGAACACUCGCACGACUACAACGAGAUGUUUGAGAAUGAAGAGGACGACAACUGAUUGCGCGCGUGUGCGCUCGCUGGCUGCACGCACACAUGGACGGCAUGCUACCACAGACUAUACACCAGUGACAGUUACAGUUUUGACAUUGACAUUGACGUAAAGCGCCAAGUCGUUUUUUUUUCUUUUUUCUUGGCAAGCAGGCCAUGUCCUUAAUUAUAAAAGAUUUUAUUAAACUCAUGUGACAGAUAUAGGCAUCUUUGACAGAUAUAAAUGAAUCGGUCAAUCCUAAAAAAUUAGCGCUACCUAAUCAUGUUUUAAAUUGUUAAUUUUAUUUUAUUUAACUGCAUAAAUAUACCAAUUUCUUAGAAAGGCUGUAAAGGCUGUGAGCUUUACUAUCAAAUUUAGUUCUAGUUUUAUCCAUAAAUAUGAAAUCUUGUUAAGAGUUUUGAAGUUCUCUGAAUCUAGCAUUAAAAAACUAUAUAAUUGUCAUAAAAUAUGUGUACAGUGUGAUGUUUUAUCGUUCCUAAUUGCACCAAAUUGUUUAUUAAAAAAACAUACGCAUUUUAUAUUAGGUAUCUUUAUCUUAUCUUGUGUUUUAAAAAUUUGCAAAGAUUGGCAAUUUAUUUUUAAUUGGGUUCAUUGCUACGUACAAAGGAGAAGAAGAAUAAAGCAUAUUACAUAUAUGCAAAAAAUAAAUGCAGAUUCUGAUAACUGCCACAAUGUAUAUUUAUUGAAAAGCUUAGAUAUUAGAAAUUUUGCAUUUACUGUUUGUUAAUUAACAAACAAUAUUAGAUAAUAUUUUGAAAGACAUAAAAUAAUUAUGAAGUUAUUUAUAUAUCAUUAUAUUUUAUUCUUCAUUCUUAUUAAAAUAGUUUUUUUAGCGUCUAAUUUUAAUUAUCUGGACGUCUUGAUACUUAAAAUUAAAACUUGUGUCUGAAAGCGGCAAAGACAGUUGAAAAUGAUUAUGCCACAAAUAAAAUGAACCUUAACGUACAUGAAAUGCAAUAUUUUCCUAUUGUUAUAUAGAUAAUGUUAUUUGUUUUAUUUAUAGUAUAUAUAUCCGCGUGAAAUGUACAAAAUAGUGCCUUUUGCCUCAUAUUAGAUAUUUUCAAAUUGCGUACACUGCCUUCGUGAAAUAAUGCAAUGUGGUGAGGGAAAUAUAUCGACCAUCGACUGUUAAUUUUAUUAGAAUGUUAGUGCUUUUAGUUUUAGUGGAAUGAGUUUUUUAUUUGCGAUUGAAAGUCGAGUUUGUUUUAACUUAUUGGUGCGUGAAUAAAUAUGUUGUAUGUUAAA